AUGUCCCAGCCUGCUCCCAUUAUAACCACCAAAUCAGCGGACAAGCCAAAACCAAAAAUUUUCAACUUGUUUCGUGUUUGCCUCAUUUCACUGUUAUUAAUCGCUGCCGUGGAAUAUUUCAAGUAUGGUACAAGAAUUAAUUACGAAUGGUUCCACUGCACCCCAAUCAAUGAGCCUCAAUCUGGUUCAGUAAUCAAACUUUGGGCUCGUGGUGGGCCAAGUUGUGAUAAAAGAGGCGAAUAUAAGACUAUCGUAAAGAGAAUCACAAGAGACUACGAACCAAACGAUGAGCAUCUAUCCUUCUGUAUUAUUGAAAACGAAAACGUUCCACCCGUUCAUUACCCCAUUCACGAGGACAAAGGUGAACCAGGCUACGUGGCUUACGUAGGUUACGAUACGGACUCCGAAUUGGUUCAAAAAUUAUGUGCUGAUUCCACUAUUUAUCACAUGUGA